CUUGUUUUCUAUUUUUGUAGGCUGAGAUCCUAGCUCUUCCAUGCUUUAUUGUUUGCAUCUUAUUCUGGAUUCUUUGUCUUCAUCAAGGUUUUUUCAUGAACAAUUCCGGCCGGCAAAAUAAUCUUUCAAACCUGCAACAGCAGCAGCAGCAACAACGACAACAACAGGUUAUGGCUCAGCAAAGCAACCUAUCAAAUAUGCAUCAGCAACAGUUGGGCCCUCAAAGUAGUGUUACUGGAUUGCAGCAACAGCAGCAGCUGCUUGGGUCAACGGCCCAGACAGGACAUGCAGAUGGGGGUGAUUGGAAAGAGGAAGCCUAUCAAAAGAUCAAGAGCUUGAACGACUUGUAUUUUGCUGAUAUGAAUGAAAUGUCCCGGAAAAUUGCUGUUAAAUUGCAGCGGGCAAAUAUCCCACAAACAAUGAUUCAAUCCCAUACCCAGCAGCAGCAGCAGAAAUUUCCAAUGUAGAUCUUUGGAAACAUCUACAGAAAACCUUAAUUUUAUCAAACCCAACAAGAACACACGGCCAAUAUCAGAACACAAUCGUCUUUAGUCUUUAUCUAAUUUUAUUCUCUUCUUCUCCUUCCAACUUUGCCUCUUUAUUUUCUCAACCCUUGUUUGCGCAGACAGCUAGACACAGAUGUACACAUUGUAAAAGGAAACAAAGCCACAGCAGAAUAUCAUGCUCUGUUUCAAAUUGCUUCCAUUCCUUCUACCAACUUUGGUUUUCACUUUAUCAGCUUCCUUUUCCCUCUCUAAUGAUGAAGCUUCUGAGCAUCAUG